UAUUAUUAUAGAGAUCCAUCGAGACGGUGCAAAACGGCGUUUUAGGAUUUAACUUGGUGGCGACAAAGAAGAUCGGAGGAGGAUCAGCGUAGAACUAACAAAAUCUUGUGAAGAGAGAAAAGAUGGAAGGAGGAGGAGAAGAAGAAGUGAGCAUCAAAGAGUUGGCUUCGAACCUCACUACCUACAAAGAGCAGCUCCAACAGGUGAGGCAGCUUUUGUCUGAAGACCCUAGAAACUCGGAAUAUGCAGAUAUGGAAAAGGAGCUUAAAGAGAAUGUCAUUGAUCUGAACAAUGCUCUCUUGGAAGCUGAAAGACUAGCUGAAGCUACCAAGAAUGCACUCAAAAGAAAGAUUGAGCAAGCUGCGAGUUCUGAUUAUCAAUCCAAAACUCUACCUGCAAAGCUUAAAAUCGAUCCUAAUGAUCCCGAGGAUGUGAAAAUUGCAAAGCGGAGGAAGAUACAUGCGUUCAAGUCAAAGGCGAGGCAGGAGCAGCUAGAGGUUGCACAGAAUACUUGGCAGCAGUUUCAGACAACUAAAAAGGUAGGGUUCUAUACAGGGAGGAAGAAAGAGAGUAUAUUCAAAUCCCCAGAGGAUCCGUUUGGAAAAGUGGGUGUGAUUGGAAGUGGUAAAGGUUUGACAGAUUUUCAGAAGCGAGAGAAGCAUCUUCAUCUCAAGUCUGGUAAUGCUGAGGGCAUUGAUGAGUAAGAGGGAUUUUAUGUUUUCCAAGGAUUUUCAGGUACUUAGAAACAAUGUCUCCAUGUUCCAUCCCAUGGAUAAUACGACAAAAUUAGUGUUGGUGUUGGACUAUUUGCUAUUCUGGCAAUUUAGGCCAUGCUCAUUUACAUGCUACUUGCAACUC